GCUACUUUGUUUACAUUCGUUCUAGCGGCGUGUUCGCUAGUCUGUGCGGCGAUUGAAUUAUAUUGUGAAUUUUUGCUGCUAAAUCGCGUUCAUGAUGCGCGCUGAAACGAUGUUUCAAGCAAACGCGCUCACUAACGUUGGUGGAAAACCUAGCAGUGAAAAAACAAGUGAGCCUGCCGUACAUUUGGGCGUUGAAGAUGGUCUACGCAUAAGGCGCAUAGCCGGCGGAUGCAUGGUGCAGUACCCUCCGAUGUUCUCGCCAGAUGGAAACUUGUUAUUCAUAAUUUACGAGAGUAGCAUACAAGCGUUCAGCGUCACAACGGGAGAGCUGGUUCACAACUAUGAGAAUACGGCGAACGGAAGCGAUUUGAUUGGUAUGGCGAUAGAUAAUGCCAACAGCAAGCACGUAUACGGUUGCACGGUCGAUGGCUUAAUUAUUUCGUGGAAAAUAGAUUCCGGUGUGCUGUGUGAAAAAUUUGAAGUGCUCAAAAAUACUAAAUUCCACGUGGAAUCGUUUCACACGCUGUACGACCAGCAUGACACCGUAUCAUUCCUUAUAUUCGGUACGUCGUCCAGAAGAUUGUUCCUGCAGUAUUGUCCGCACCGGAAGAAAAUAUUGGAAGUUUUGAAUGUGAAGCUGCACUCGUUAGACGAAGAGAGCAACAUCCGGGUUGAGGAUCAGCGCAUUGUUGCGGCUCCAGGAGGGCGCGGAUUGAACUAUUUCGCUUUCAUAGCUCUCGACCGAUGGUACUGGUGCCGGUUGCAGCCGUCCAUUUAUGUGGACAGUCGCCGCCAUUGCAGUGGGGUGAUACCGCAGAUAGUAGCUUGCCACCCAGUAGAUCCGAUUGUGGCAGUUGGGGACAGUCUGGGACGAGUGGUGCUGUAUCGAAAUUUUCUUGAACAAAAACGCCCGAUUCCCGAAACGUACCAUUGGCAUGCAACUGCGGUAAAAACGUUGGCGUUCGGUACCAACGGAACGCACUUCUACUCCGGCGGCGUUGAGCGUGUUUUAGUGAAGUGGAAUGUGGGACAGCAGGAAAAGGCCGACGUGAUUCCCCGACUCUCCGACACCAUCCUACACAUAGCGGUGGGUCCGGAAAAUCUCAAACUGGUGUUAUGCACCGCCGACAAUGGCAUCCAAAUAAUGAACGCACUUCAUAAGCAAACUGCGAUAGUGCAAAGCUUUUCGAGAAUAUCGAAUCAAACGGCGCAGCAGCAACUGUUCCCUGCCGGCUUGCGCGUAAAUCCCCGAACGCAAGCGAUUGUGCUGAAUGGCAGGGAAGGGUGCAUUCAAUUUUUUUCGACAUACACAAAAAGUUUGCUUUACACGCUGGACAUAACACAGCGCAAUAACAACACGGUGGAAGAUGCAGUAGUGCUCCACAAUACGAUCGUGACAAACGUUGCGGUGAAUGCGUAUUGGUUGGCCACGGUCGAAAAUUGGAGUGAUAACGAAUAUUCGAUGGAAACUCGUCUGAAAUUCUGGAAGUACGAUGAAUCGCAUCAAACGUACGCGCUCUGCAUCAACUUCGAAAACGUCCAUCGUGGCGGAGUGAAUGAUAUAAUCUUUUCGAGCAGCACUCGCGAGCGGGACCUGCAGUGCGCUACCGCUGGACAAGAUCGGCGCAUAAAGGUGUGGUCGCUGGAAAGCGUUCAAAGCGCCAACAGCGCUGCGAAAUUGGUAUGGACCUGUGUCGGGAGCGUACAGCACCGCAACCUUCCCGUGAAAUCAAUAUCAUUUUCGCAAGAUGCUUCCCUGCUGGCUGGCGGGUUUGGCAAUGUGUUGUGCACGUGGAAUGCUGAAACAUUACAGCUAAAGUGUACGCUUUCCCCACCGAGUGGCCUCGAUGGCUGUGUCAACCGCUCCGUAUUAAUGCUACCACCAAGCGUAAAGAAGAGCCCACCAAACAAGGCAGAUAAGGGAGACAUGUACGAGGAUACUCGCACAAGGAUUGUCGCAGAAAUGAUGGCACUUUUGAAUGGGAAGGAAAAUAGUUUUCUGCUUUCGAAAAAAGACAAAAGCUCCUCCCAGCACACCAAACGAAUGCUGGAUGCCGUUCAGCACACAACCAACCAGUGCAAGGCAAGCAGCAUCUCUGGACAGUUGAAAAGGCUAAUCGUGCAUCGAUCAGCAGGAAGUGUGCAUCUAAGUAUGGCACAAAAAUGCUUGCUGUACCACACCAUGGAAAUCAUUUGCCAGACUACGAAGGACAAUCGAACCAGAAUUCGGCAGAAACUCUUCUCUUCCAGCCGGAAAAACCGUAACACCAUCCAAAGCUUGCGCAACAUGAUCAAAAAUAUCGAUUCACGCACUCUGUUCCGAGAGUACCGUCGGUUGCGCAACUUUGAGCGGCGCCAGCUGCCUGCCAUAACGGAUAAACAUGUGGAAAACGUCUUUGCAUGUCCAUCGGAUGAAGCGAUAUCAUCCAGACAGGGAAGCGCAAAUAAUGUCAAAGAAAGCAGGCCCGUUGGUUUGGGAAAGGAUGCAACGCCCGUAAAGAGUUUUGCUCAAAUUCAAAAAGUGAUCUUCUGCUACGGUCAAUUUUCGCACCUGCUUCUCGUUUGUACCGAGAGCAGGCUGAUCGUUUGGAAUUUGCUCUCGUUAAAAGUUCAAGUGUCGGUGCUGCUUACCAUCGAUCAGAUGGUGCUAGAUCCAUUCACAAACUUGAUCGCUGCUUUCACAAAAAAUAAUGAAGUUUAUGUAUUUCUUCCUAACAUACCGAUGCCACUGUACCAUCGGAUCGCGAUGCCAAAGGUGUUUGGUGCAGCGUGGAUUCCCCGCCGCUAUCCUCGAUCGCAGUCCUUCAAUGUGGAUUGGCAGGCAACGUCACAGCUCUUCUUUCUGAAUGAAAAACAGGAAUUGCUUCAACUAGUUUCCGACAGUGACGAGGAGUCUCUGGGGCCGGUGGUGUGCAUGAACGAACCUACGAUAGGCCCCAACACGCCGUUUGCCGCGAUGUACAGCAAACAAGCCAGUGGUUCGCAUGUACAGUCGUACGCAGGCACGGUGCAGUCUGGUGCCAGCUAUGAAUACACCUCAAAAUCGGCGCUCAAAGACAUCAUAUCGUCAUCCACUCACACAAUGGCAUCGAUAAGCUUGCUGUGUAAGGGAUUCCUGCGUUCGCUGCUGGUCGACGAAGGACGUCGGGCAAGGAAGAACGGUUGCCAGCCGUCGUCGAAUCAGAGGACAUUGGAUGUGGCAGCUAAAACUGCACCGGUGGCUGAUAAUGACAGCCAUUCUGGGCCAGAUGCAGACGCUGAGCUAGGCGCCAGUGAGGGGGAAGAAGGUAGUGCGGUGAAUGGGGAUAACGUUGGACGGAAAUCGACUCGCAAUUUGGCGGAUGCAGAGAUUGGCCGAAUGAUAACUACUAAAAGCAGCAGAUCGUCGCAUGUGGCAGGUAAAGACCUUAGGAAAUUGCUAGAUGAACCAAUGGACUUGGUGUUUUAGUCGGUUAGUUUGCCCUUUUUUGUAAAAUUGCACAGCAUUUGGUUAGGAGUGGUUAACAAUCAACAAUGAUGUUUUGUUGUAAUUUUUCUUGUAUUCGUCGGUCGUACCGUUUUUAGUGGUAUAUAAAUGUUCGUUUCUGAAAUCCUCUAUAUGACUAAGCAUUUAAUAAAGUCAGUUUUUUCUCUACAAGGAA